UUGCGACACAUUAUAUGUCGGACUCGUGUCUCGACCCUGCUUCAACCCUAAACCCUAGAAUCGAAAUCCUCAUCGGGGAUUUAUUAGUUUUGGCGAAGGACGACUCUUUCGAUCUUCUCGUGAAUCGCGCGCGUGGUUUGAUUUUGCAGCUGAUUAAUUGCGUUCUUAGCACCCGAGGUUCAGGUUAUUACACUUUUUCAUUCACGUAUUCACGCAAUUCUUAACCCGUGAGAAUACGAUGACGAAGGCGCCAAAAGGUUCUGGACGUAGAGCCAAGAAAACCCUAAAAAAGGCAGAGGUAAUGGAAAGCGCAGCAGAGAAGCCACUUAUUUAUAGAGAUGAUGUUGUCAAGUGCGGAAAGUAUGGGGAUGUACUUGGAAUUGUGAUGGAAGCAGCCGGCGACUACGAUUCGUAUGACAGCUCGGAUGACUAUGAUGAUGAUGAGGAUGAAUAUUAUUGGCACGGCACGCGUGGCGGCGGUGGAGGAGGCGGCCGUGGCCGCGGUGGCGGUGGUGGUGGUUUUGAUGGUAGUAACAUGGAUUAUGACGAAGAUGACGAUGUUCUACCGGACGGCAAGGCUGCAGUUAGAUGGACAGACGGAUAUGAGACGGUGGAUGAUAUGACUGAUAUUACUGUUAUCGACAGGAAUUUUGUGCUCGGAGAUGUGGUUGCUUCCGCUUCAGACCCGACGGGUCAGUUGGGAGUUGUCAUGGAUGUUAAUAAAAUAGUUGAUCUUAAAGCAGCAAACGGGGAUAUAAUAAAGGGUGUAUCUUCGAAGGAUCUUACGUGCAUAAGAAAAUUCUCUGAGGACGAUUUUGUGGUCAUGGGACCUUGGCUGGGCCAGGUGGAGCAAGUUUUUGAAAAUGUGACUGUGGCGUUCGAUGAUGGGUCUGCUUGUAUAGUUUACAGGGCCGACAAUUCGGAACUGCUUCCGGCUCAGGAGCCACCGUUUGAUGAAACUAAUUGUCCCUUUUACCCUGGACAGCGUGUUCGGGCCGCCUCACCUUCGUUUUUCAAACAUUGUAAGUGGCUUUCUGGUUUCUGGAAGAAAAGUUUUCGUGAAGGUACCGUCGUCAAAUUGGAAACAGAUUCAGUUGAUGUCUAUUGGAAGGAAUCGGCGUACCGCGGCACUGACACUGACCAAGUGGAUUUUCCUGCUAAAUCGCAGAAGCCAAAGAACUUGGCUGUUUUAUCUUGUAUUUCUUAUGCCGAUUGGCAACUUGGUGACUGGUGUCUUCUUCCGUCACCCCCACAAACUGCUUCAUAUGGUAAUGAUGCUUCAACGAGUGUAGAACUAACAGAAAGCUCAGGCGUUCCCUUGAAUAUUCCUGAGGCAGGGCAAACAAUUAAAGGAAAGAAAGCUGAGUCAAGUGGCGUGGUUAGCACAGAUGCCUCAUGUGUUGAGUUAGGUUCUGGUCAUAUAGUGGAUGGUCCUUGCAGAAUUGAAAAGAAAGGUAAACAAGUGGAUGAAAGUUCAAGCAAUAAAUCGGGUGAAAAUAAGGAAUCUGAACAUAUAAUUUCAAAAGAACCCGCUGAACACAAAAAGCAGCAUAAAGUCCGCUCCAGGAGAGCCGAAAGGAAACGUAAAAGGGACAAGAAGUUUGAGUCAGCACUUUGGAUUGUGAAUACCAUGACAAAGGUUGAUGUAGUAUGGCAAGAUGCAACGAGGGAGUAUCAACUGGAUUCAACAUCUCUAAUCCCAAUUCGAAAUCCAAACGAUCAUGAAUUCUUUCCUGAUGACUACGUUGUGGACAAGUCAUCAAAUGACGUGGACAAUUCUUCUGAAGGACUGCGGGUUGGUAUUGUGAGGAGAGUGAAUUCGAAGGAGCGAACCGCUUGUGUCCGGUGGCUUAAGCCGGUGUCAAAGCCUGACGAGCCCAAGGAAUUUGAUUGCGAGGAAGUGUUGAGUGCAUAUGAACUGGACGGUCAUCCAGACCAUGAUUAUAAUUACGGUUAUGUUGUUGCUCGCUUGCCUUCAGUUUCAAAUUCUAGUGAAACAGCCAAUUUUGGAAGUAUUGUGGAGAACCAGGAUGAAUCCUCUACAAAUUUCACUAAUUUGUCUUGGAUUGGAAAUAUUAUUGGCUUUCAAGACGGUGAUAUUAAAGUAAAAUGGGGCGAUGGGACGGUAUCGAAGGUUGGACAUCAUGAAGUUUAUGUGGUUUAUGAAGAAGAUGAUGAAGAAUGGUCUGAAAGUGAAAGUUUUGGUAGUGACAGCAGUGCUAGUUGGGGAACAGCUGCAGAAGACAAAAUGGAAGUCGAUGAUUCUGAAAAGGAAGUUGAUCAGAAAACCAGAGACCUGGUCCAUGGAGAAAAUGAUGGAGCCGCUGAAGAGAAAGAUGAACUAAAGACUAAGGAUUCCUUCAAACACUUUGAUAUUGCUCAAAACCCUGUUGACCAUCAUUUUAUCACAGGGAAUGGGGAGGGUAUGAGUGGAAGGAAGUGGACUAAAAAAGUUCAGCAGGAAUGGAACGUUCUUGAGAAGGACCUACCAGAUGCUAUUUAUGUCAGAGUAUUUGAAGACCGUAUGGAUCUUAUAAGAGCAGUAAUAGUUGGCGCCAGUGAAACACCGUAUCAAGACGGCCUUUUCUUUUUCGACUUUAAAAUCCCGCCUGAAUACCCUCAAGUUCCACCAGUAGCCUUCUACCAUUCCGGUGGAUUAGAAUUAAACCCUAACUUAUACCCUGAUGGGAAGGUUUGCUUAAGCCUUUUACAUACAUGGGAUGGCAAUGAUGGUGAACUGUGGGAUUCAUCAUACUCCACCAUCCUUCAAGUCCUCGUUUCGCUUCAGGGUCUGGUUCUCAACUCUAAGCCAUACUUCAAUGAACCAGGAUAUGAGAAGCAAAUUGGGAGCAGUGAAGGGGAGAAGAAUUCAUUGUCUUUCAAUGAGAAUACGUAUCUCAUGAGCUUGAGAUCGAUGUUAUAUCUCCUGAGAAGGCCGCCUAUGCAUUUUGAAGACUUUGUCAAGGACCACUUUCGUAAACGUGGCCUCUACAUUCUCAAAGCUUGUGAGGCCUACUUGGGCGGCUCUUGUAUUGGCUCGCUCACAGAAGAAGCUUGCACUACAGAGAAGAGCAGGGAGCAUUCUUGUUCGACCGGAUUCAAGCUAACGCUCGCUAAAAUUUUGCCACGACUAAUUUCAGCAUUAAGAGAGGUUGGAGUUGAUUGCCGCCAAUUUGAGCACCUAGAGAAGACAGAAAACCUUCAAAAUAUUAAGGAAAGCUAGAGCUGCUGCUGAGAGGUUUUGUCAUGGUAUUUGUUUUGCCGAGCAUGUAAAUACCCUGACGUUCUUUUGCAUUUUCAUUUUAUUGAAUUAUUUAGGUAGUCACAAUUUGAACUACAGCUAGUUGUCUUAUGCUCCUUCAUUUUUUUGCGAUGAGCACUCGUCAAUUCUAGGAUUUAAUUUAUAGUUAACUGGUGUCUCGCUGAGUUAUUGGAGCCAUAGGGUAGAGAUAUUUAUCGAUGUACGAAGAGGGAGAUCAAAUUUUUGGAGGGUGCCAUUCGUGAAUGCAUCUAAAUUUCAUUUUAUUAUAAUAGGGUGUUAUGGUUUGAUUAUUUUCA